AUGGAUGGGUACGUUGCUCGGAAAGAAUUGUGUUUGAACAAGAUCCAUAAUAUGUCGGGGAUUGCUAAAAAGGCUACAGGACUAACUGGAUUAGCUGUCAAUGCCAAUCCGCAUUACUAUUUGACUGCACUUUAUGGAAAAAUAUUGAGAGCAGUUUCUAAAAUGCCACAAGAUGCUGCUUACAGAAGAUACACGGAACAAAUUGUUAACGAUCGGAUGUUAGCCGUGAAUAAUCAUAAAGAUGUAAAAGAACUUGAAAAAGCUAUCGGGAAUGGUCAGGCUGAAGAAUUAAUCUUACAAGCGGAAAAGGAAUUGAUUUUAGCCCGUAAAAUGUUGGGCUGGAAGCCAUGGGAACCUCUUGUUAAGAAUGAACCUCCCACUCAAUGGCAAUGGCCCCCAGCAGAGAAAAAGCAGAUUGCUUAGACUCUAUAAACUUUCAUAAAACUUAGUUUAUGUUUCAAAAUUACUAUAUGAAUAAAAUACAAAGAUAUCAAAAGAUAGCACACCACUUUGAA